AUGUUCGGUAAAAAAAAGAAACCAAGGCAACCAUUAGAGCCAACUAAUUCUACUCCUUCACAUAGUCAGCUUAGACCUGCAAUAAAUUCACCAACCUGCUCACAAUAUCCUCCUCAACAAAACUAUCCACAGUAUCCUCCUCAAAGAACUCAAUCUCCCGAAGCACCUCAAAAUCAUCAGGAUAAUUCAAUAAUUCGCCAGCAUAAAAGAAAUCAAUCUUCUUCUGACUACUGUAGUUCUAAUACAACCUCCUUUUCCGAUAGUGCAAGUUCUACACGGUAUAGUUCUGAAUCAUCUUUCAGAUCAUCUGGUGCUUUCUCUCCAAGUGAAAUACAGGCAUGGGCUGGAAAUUAUUAUAAAGACGCCUUCUCAAAACAAGAUUCUUCACGACCUCCUGAUGAAGAAGUCGAAGAGUUAUUCUUUGAGUUAUUGAAUAAAAGGGAUUUAAAAAACCUUCCAGAAUCUCAAAGAAAACAAAUGUUGGCAAUUCCAACUGAUAAAAAAUGGGUUUUGAUAAAAAAUGAUAAGUUGCAAGAAGGAGCAAAUAAGAUAUCCAGUGGAAGUGCUUCUUCUCUUUCUCAUGAUAAAAACGCCCCCGAAUAUUAUCUUAAAAAAAUAAUGGAUGGUACAAUAACUGUCAAAAUAAUGAAUUCUUUGAGUGUCUCCUUAAGAACUUUACCAAUUACUUGGGUCAGAUCAUUCAUUGACGCGAAAGGGUUGGAAGUACUUACAAAUUAUUUAAAUAGUAUUACAAGAAAACCUGUAAAGAGAGAAGUUGAUCUUUUAAUGGAAUAUGAGAUUAUCAAAUGUUUAAAGUUAUUAUUAAAUAACAGAGUAGCUCAAGAGGCCUUAUCUCAUCCAACUUGUAUCUAUAGUAUCACAUUUUCAUUAGUUUCAUCUCAACUUAAUACUCGUAGACUUGUUGCAGAAGUGCUUUCUUUCUUUUGUUAUUGUGAAAUCCCGACUGGCCAUAAUUUGGUAUUAGGAGGAUUCGAUCAAUUGAUGCAAUUUCAAAAUGAGCAUUAUAGAUUUGAUGCCUGGAUGAGAAUUUUAGAAAAUACUAUUGAUGGUCGUGGUAAAUUAGGAAGUUUGGUUAAUGCUAGUGAUGAAUAUAAAAAAGGUGGAAUCGGUGUCGAUAACUCUUUAAUGGAAUAUUCGUUAUCAAAUUUGAUAUUGGUAAAUUCAAUAAUUGGUGUAUGUGAUGAUGUUGAAGUUCGUUUGGUUUUAAGAAAUCAAUUACAUGCUUGUGGUUUAACACGUAUCAUUGAUAAAAUGAAAUCAUUUAACCAUGAAUUGAUUAAUAGGCAAAUAACCAAAUUUGAAAAUGAAAGAACACGUGCUUACGAUUAUUUUCUGUCAGCUUUACAACAUAUUUUACUCAUUCGCGACGAUGGUGAAUCAAGGACAAGAUAUUUUCAAUUUAUUGAUACUUUGAUUACCCAGAUUGUUUUGGAUAGACGAGGACUUGAUCAGGAUUGGGGCCAUAAUGUUAGUAUAACAGUUUCCCAAAUGCUCAGUAAAUUGACUGACCAGGAUAAACUUCAAACUGCUUUGGAAGAAGCAAAAGAAGCAAAAUCAGUUGCAGAAAAGGCAUUACGUGAAAAGCAAGAGUUACAAAGUGAAUAUAAUAGUCAAGGAGAUGGAACUGUCGUAAAACUUAAAAAUAAAAUUGAUUCGCUUGAAGAACUUCUAAGAAUAUCUCGUCAUACUAUUCAAACUCUUCAAACAAAACUUGCUGACCUUGAAUCUAGUUAUAUUGAAAAACUUUCCGAGCAAAAGGUUCAAUUACGCGAAUUUGAAAAUAUGUUAAAAGAGCAGCAAAGAAACGAGGCUGAUCCAGAUGCAUUAAACCGACAAGAAAUGAUUAAAAAAUUAGAAAGGAUGCAAGAAAUAGCAAAGACAGAAGCAAAGUUGGAAGGUCAAAAAGUAUGGACACCUCCACUCUUUGGUGAAACCAGGAUGCCUGAUGCAAAUAAUUAUCGUUAUAACGUUGAGCCUUUUUAUUCAGGAGGCUCUUAUCAAAUGCCAAGUACCAGUCUGGAUACCAUCCUCGGUUCACAUGAUUCACAGAGUUCUAAUUAUGAUGCACAACCUUUUAUAUCUAGUAGUCCAACCCAAACUUCAACUCCCAAUCAAUAUGGAUAUUCUCAACAACAAAAAAAUUUACAAUUUUCUCAAAUCAAUAAUUCUAAUAAUAUUUCACCAGGAGGCUUCAAAAUACCAGACUCAUCUCCUAUACAAAUGCACAACAAUUUUAUAAAAGAACUCGAGGAAUUGUAUCAGAACAAACAAGGAUCAGAAAUAAUUCAAACUAGUGUAGAUGACAACAAAGUUGGCUUUAAACAAAACUCGAUGGAUAAUUUGAAUAAUGGAACCCUUGAAAAUCAAUCAGUGUUAUUUAGUAAAAGCGAGAAGACAUCAAGUCAACCACUACCAACAGUUGAUAAUAAACAUGAUAUACAGUAUCGAUUAUCUCAAUCUUCAAAAACAUCUA